GCGGCAGCGGUGCGGCGGUCUGAGUAGUGCCGCGGCGGGUCUGGCGCGGCGUCCGUGUGCGUGUCCGUGUGCGUGUCCGUGUCCGUGUGCGUGUCCGUGUCCGUCCGUGCCGCGCUCUCUCCGCCUUGCCUCGUCACCGCCGCUGGAGCUCCAACUGCCUCUCUCUGUCUGUCUGUCUGCGUGUGCGUGUGCCCGUGCCCGUGCGUUUCCCCGUGCCUGCGUUUGUGUGUGUAGGUUAUCCGCGGAGAUGAAGAAGUCGGUGGCCGGCUCGGUGGCUGGCGUCAUGCAGGAGGACUUCGGCUGCACCAUCACCAACCGCUUCUCCCAGCUCCUGGACGACGACUCGGACCCCUUCGACGUCGUGCGGGAGGCCGAGUGCCGCCGGCAGCAGGAGCAGCGGCAGAAGCGCAGCGAGGCGGGCAGGAGGGCCGGCGGCAGGCGGGAGUCUCAGAGGGAGCGCAGGCAGUCCGGCAGCCCCUCCGUGCCCGGGUGGCAGCUGCAGUCCGGCAAGAAGCAAACACCUACGAAGGGAGAACAGCAAGGAUUCACUAACAAAGGAGCAGAGGUGAAAGAAGACAAAACUGAAUGGAGACCAUCUUCCAGGCAGUACCGUUCCUCUGAAACAGGAAGACAAGCGGAAAUCACAAUGGAAAGGAACAAAAAUCUGGCUAGAGAUUAUGGGCCAACUGAAAGAUUAGACUAUGAAAGGCCAAUAAGAGGUCGUGGUAGUGGAAGAGACGGAAUGCAAGGUAGAGGAAGAGGUGGUGAACUAAAUAGAAGUGUUGGUGCCUCUGAAAAAGAAAAAUGGGAAUUUCAAAGACACAGUCGGAAUGGUAACACUGGGAUGGAACAGAAUGCUCCUAUGGAAGAGACUGCAGCAACAGCUGAGAAGCCAGGGUUGUGUGAAGGAGAGCCUCGGAACAAAGUUGCUGAAGGACAGCCAAUGGAAGAACUAGUUCAAGAAAUGACGUUAGAUGAGUGGAAAAAUCUUCAGCAACAGAAUCGACCAAAGCCUGGAUUCAACAUCCGGAAGCCAGAAUCCACUGUUCCUUCCAAAGCAGUGGUGAUUCACAGGUCAAAAUAUAGAGAUGAUUUGCAAAAAACCUGUGAAGAUUCUCAUGUCUUCCGAAGACCAGCAAAUGACAUAACAUCUCAGCUGCAUAUUAAUUUUGGGAGUCUUCCUCGCCCUGGCUGUGGAUCAAGAGGAGCACGAGGUGGUCGUGGUUGUGGCAGACAAGUUGAGGAGACACGAUCUCAACGACAAGUAGUGCAGCUUGUUGCUCCAAAUCCUGAUGAUCCUGAGGAUUUUCCAGCUUUAGCUUGAAGAACAGUGAUGAAUGAUGGUAUCUCAAAGUAGCUUUGGCAUAACUGUGAAGAGACCAAUUUUCUGCUAGUGUGGAUAAAGAAAGUCUGUUUCUCCUGGAAAAGCUGUUUGGGUAUUUUGGUGUGACAUGAUUGCAGCACUUUACUAAUUGAGUUGGGUUCUGGAGAUACUGGUAGACUGGGGUCCUGUCACAGGUUCCAGUGUCUACCUCCAUUUGUGAAAACUGUGUGAAGGCUUAUUGUACUUCUACGAGGCUUCAGACGAAGUUAGAGUACAGUGUUUAAAAAUGUGUAUAUAGAGAUUAUAUCAAGUUCUCCAUGGCACCAUGGUGAAAUGUAAAUUGUACAUGGUCCGUAAUGGGGACUUUUAUUUCACUGUACAUUCAAAAGCUGCCUUCCCAGUUCCUUUGAAUGAAGUAUAUAUUUCAGUCACAAGCUGCAGUUCUUCAGAGUUUGGCAAAUAAAGGAGAGUACUCACUGGUUUGGGUUGGAGGUAUUUUCACAAGUAAGAGUAGCAGAUCCAAGCUUUUGCUAUUUGAAUGUAGUCUGUAGAAAAAAACCCAAACAAACGAACAAAAAAAACCUCCCAAACAUGAAGAGCAGACCUUACUCACCCAAAACAGUGAACAUCUCUCUAAACAGAAGUGAUCUUUAAAAUUAAGGCAGCACAGAUGCUUUUACUUGAUAGCUAUCUGUAAGUCUUGCUUCAUUAACAAGAUACUUUACCUUCAGCAUCUUCAAAAUAGAUGCAGACUGUAAGACUUUUGAGCCGAAGACAAAACCAAACUGUUAAGGAAGCUUUUAAUUUUAGCAGGAGCAACUAAUAACUAAAAUGUUUCAUGCCUUACCAAGAAAUCUGUGACAUUGGGGAUGGUGGGAUGUCCUUUCCUUACAGCUUUAACAUACUUCCUUACUUGAGUUACAUAGGCUAACUUGUUCCCCAUCAAAGGGGACACUCAGAGCCGUUCUUGGGGAUGUGAGGGAGACGAGGAAAUGGUGCCAGAAGUGAUGAGAGAAAGAAGUGAGAGGGCAACCACACUGGACUUUUUGGAAGUAGCUGUCAGCCUCAGAGGAGUCUUCAAAUGCCUGCUCAACUUAAACUAAUUUCUUUUUUCUAUUCUUUGUCUCACUUUGUUUUGUAUAACUUCUAAGCAGUCUCCUCUGAGAGCAAAUAGUAGAUGAGACUUAAGGAAAAAUACUUUUGCUUUGGGUGAGCUCUAAGAGUAUCCAGAAACUUAAAGUAACUCUUAUCUCAGUGGUAAGGCUUUAUGCAAGAAGGAUGUAAUCAUCCUAGAAAGACUUCUGACUCUUCUGUAUGCUCCAAACAGAUGGUCUGUAAAGUAGUGCUGUCCAGGGGAACUCUCUUAUAUUGUUAAAUUACUUAUAUGACAGUUUGGUAUAACAUGAGAUUUCAGAUUCCACAAGGAGCUUAUUUUAGUGGCAUAGGGACACUCUGAUCUGUAAGAGAGAGAAUUUUAAAGCAAACGAAGUGCUGGUGUUAGAGGAGCCCAUGCUGCUGCUUUUUGAGUAAUCGAACUGGAUGGAAUAACACAAAUUACUCUUCCACCUUGAAGGAGCAAGCUACUACUAAAAAUCACUGCUGCUCUUUUAGUAGGUGUUCAGGUGUUUCUGCCAAAAAUGGCAAUUACCUGAUUGUGGAGCAGCGGUGGUUUUGUCUGUGAAGUUUUUCUACUCAUUCUUCCCUUCCUGUUCCCCUUCUCCCAUCGGACAUGGAAGAAUGUGUCUGAAAUUUUAUUUAUAUUUUUACUUUCAGGGGUGAGUGUGUGUGUAUGUGCGGAGAACUGCUUUGCAAGGCUCACCUCUGUUUCCCAUCAUGUUUUGAAGGUGUAGCCUCUUGCUUUAGUAACACCUCUUUUUGCUAAGGAAAGCAGUGUAAUACUUAAGCCAAACCUUCCUUUUUCUACUAAAAAUUUGAAACCUUUUUAUGCUACUGGGCCUGGAGUUCCUUGGAGAAUGCUUUAAAGGACUUGUCAAAGUGUAUCUGUGAAUCAACAUUUGGUCAGCAGAUUGUUUAAAAACCUCCUGUUUAAAAAAAAAAAGAAAAAAAGGCUUGUUUUAAGACUGUUUUAACAAAGAAAAAAACAAAACAAACCACAUCUCCCCCCUUCCACCACAUCCCCCCACCCCCCACCCCCACAACCCACCCAACCCAAAACUUUGUGAGAACGAGGUUUAGUGUAGUUGGUUAUGGCUCAUUAAACCAAAAGUGUCUUAGAGCAGAUAGGUUUGGCAAUUCCUUUUCAGGCUGUCAGACUUGAAUAUGGCUUAAGAGAUUCUCUAGUUGAUAGUACCUAAAUAUAGAGAAGAAAUUAAUAAUUAUAAGUGGUGUCAGUAAUCUAAUUCCUUUGCCUAGCUGUGAAAAGAGAACUUAUUCAAUCUCAGUCAUCUGGCAUACUUAACAGAUACAGCUAUUUUGGUACCUUAAGCAUGUCUGGUGCUAACAGUCCCUCCUGGUUUAGCUUUACUCCUUCAUGUAAAGCAAAUGUUAGCAGGUAUAAAUAUAUCCACAGACACUAGUAAAACACCACAGGCAUCUUAAGAAGAGAUUAAAUAGUGUUGCAGAUCUUAGUCACGUUACUCUUUAAUGCACUACUACGAGCAACUCUGUUAUUAGUAUUACUGUAGUGAGCAGCCUAGGAAAAACUACUGCAUUUCAGCUUUGAGUUUUAGAUUAAUGUAAAUCCCAGUAAGUUUGCAAAGAAAGGUAUUCACUUCUCUCCACAACUGUCAUUUAUAUAUGAUAAAGUUGAUACUGCAUGGUCCUCUUGAAUCAUAUGUAGUGCCAUGGUACAGGACUGCCCAGAGUGUAUUACUAUGAAAGUGCCUUUAAAUGAAAGAGGAGAGGUCUUGUGCUUAACAUAAGAAUACUAAAGAAUAACUAAAAAAACUUAGAAAUAAAAAGCCCUGGUAAAAAUUUUUAGUUGAUAAAUAGGAGUAUUAGGCAAUUGAGUGCAUAAGAGAUUAGGUUUUCAUAUGAAAACAGGGGUGGGGAUAUGCACAGCCUUUGGGCCCAAAACCUGUAGCCAUAGUACACCUAUGUCAUUAAGAUUAUUCUUACAUAAUGUUCAAGCCUUUUUUUUUUUUCCCCCUUCAGAGCUGUCACAGGCACAUGUAUGUGUACACAGACGUCCACAUAAAGAUACAUAUACAUACAUGUGCAGUGUUGAGAGUAAUGUAACACUGAGUCAUUGUCACUGGAUCAACAACUGAAUGUGAAACGUGGUUAUUUUUGCAGAAAAAGUACAUUUCAGUCAUUGAGUAACAGGCAUAGAAUUAGAUCUUUUUCUGUAACAAAUGCUGGGCAAUUACUGAACAGUUUGCUUGGAGGGGUGAAACCUUCAGUCUUUGGAAGAAGUAACAACUGUUACAUUUGAGCUCUAUUACUUAUAAUUUAAUGUGAAAUACUUAAUCUUCAGCUGGGUUUUAUUUGCAAACAAAUGCCUUUUGAAGAUGUGAUGCAAUGACUGUUGCGGGUAGCUGUGUCUGAAGAGCAGCUUUAAAUACUGCAUCACAUUUAAUGGCAGUGUUGUGUUUUGAGACAAACCAGCAAUUAAUGUAUUGAAUAAAGUUUUUGCUUUCCCUGUUUGC